GUUUUUUUUAUUUAUUAAAAUUUUUGGAAUGUCGGAUCAUCAAAGCAGAGGUCAGGACUUCAGCCUGGAGGCAGACUCCGAGCUGCGUUUUGAAAUAGAGCAGAAGGACGCCAAAGUGUUGGUUACACUAGUCAAUGGAUUUGCGGAGCUCUUUGGAACCGAGCUGGUUAAGAAAAAGAAAUAUGAGUUUGGGAUGGGGGCCAAGGUGGCGAUCUUCACAUACCAAGGAUGCGUUCUUCAUGUCACUGGCAAAAUGGACGUUUGCUACAUAUCCAAGGAGACUCCGAUGGUCCAGUACGUCAAUUGUCACGCGGCACUUGAACAGUUUCGCACGGAGGCCGAGGAGAAGGAUAGACGUGGUCCGGUGGCCAUGGUGGUGGGACCCACGGACGUCGGCAAGAGCACGCUCUGCCGGAUUCUCCUGAACUAUGCAGUCAGGGUCGGGCGCCGGCCUCUCUACGCGGACCUCGAUGUGGGCCAGGGAGCAAUCGCCAUAUCCGGCAAUGUGGCCACCAUACUCAUCGAAAGGCCAGCCAGUGUCGAGGAAGGUUUUCCCAAGACCGCCCCGCUCGUCUACCACUUCGGACACAAGUCACCCAGCGGCAACAGUGUCCUCUACAACGCAGUGGUCUCCAAGAUGGCCGAGGUCACGCUGCAGUCACUUAACGGGAACAAGCGCACAAAAAGCUCCGGCAUCAUAGUCAACACCUGCGGCUGGGUCAAGGGCCAUGGGUAUGCGCAUCUGCUUCAUGCAGCCAGGGCCUAUGGUGCUUGCGCUAUUUUCGUAUUGGAUCAGGAGCGACUGUACAACGAGCUGCUGCGGGAUGUGCCCUCAAGCGUUCAUGUGGUCCUGUUGCCCAAGAGUGGCGGUGUUGUGGAGCGCAGCAAGGAGCUGAGGCACGAGUGCCGGGAUCAGCGCAUCAAGGAAUACUUCUAUGGCAAUGCCCGUGCCCCCUUCUAUCCGUUUUCCUUUGAGGUGAAAUUCCAGGAGCUGCGAUUGUACAAAAUUGGCGCUCCUCCGCUGCCAGACUCCUGCAUGCCCAUCGGCAUGAAGGCCGAGGACAACAAGACAAAAGUGGUGGCUGUAACGCCAACCCCGGCACUGAUCCAUCACGUGUUGGCCCUGUCUUUUGCAGAGUCCGUGGACGAUGAUGUGAUUGGCACGAAUAUUGCAGGCUUCUGUUGCGUUACCGAGGUGGAUAUGGAAAGGCAAGUCGUUAUGCUCCUCUCGCCGCAACCACGACCCCUGCCGCCGAACGCUCUGCUGCUGUGGUCGGAGCUGCAAUUCAUGGACAACCAUACCUAGCAUUAGGUUAACUUUUAUUUAAUUUAGAGUUUAUUAAGCACUACAUUAAAAUUAGAUCGAUGGAGCCAACUAGUGAUUGGCUUUGAAUUCAA